AUGGUUUUUAACCGUAUCGACUUCACGGUGGCUACGGUUUUUGUACCGUAUCAGCCUCACAAUGGCUACGGUUGUGUACCGUAUCGGCUUCACAAUGGCUACGGUUUGCGUACCGUAUCAGCUUCACGAUGGCUACGGUUUAUGCACCGUAUCGACUUCAUGAUGGUUUUGGUUUUUGACUGCAUCAAUAUUCACAAAUCACUGCAAUCGCUUCAUCGAAAUCAUUUAUUUUUUAGCUAA